GGCGGCAGCUGCCAUGGGCACCGACAGCCGCGCGGCCGGGGCGCUCCUGGCGCGGGCCAGCACCCUGCACCUGCAGACCGGGAACCUGCUCAACUGGGGCCGCCUGCGGAAAAAGUGUCCGUCCACGCACAGCGAGGAGCUUCGAGACUGUAUCCAAAAGACCUUGAAUGAGUGGAGUUCCCAAAUUAGCCCCGAUUUGAUCAGGGAAUUUCCAGAUGUCUUGGAAUGCACUGUGUCCCACGCACUUGAGAAGAUAAACCCCGAUGAAAGAGAAGAAAUGAAAGUUUCUGCAAAACUGUUCAUUGUAGGAUCGAAUUCUUCGUCAUCAACUAGAAGUGCAGUUGACAUGGCGUGCUCCGUCCUUGGAGUUGCACAGCUGGACUCUGUGAUCAUCGCCUCACCUCCCAUUGAAGACGGAGUCAAUCUUUCCUUGGAGCAUCUGCAGCCCUACUGGGAGGAACUAGAAAACUUAGUUCAGAGCAAGAAAAUUGUUGCUAUAGGCACCUCUGAUCUAGACAAGACACAGCUGGAGCAGCUGUACCAGUGGGCACAGGUAAAACCAAAUAGUAAUCAAGUUAAUCUUGCCUCCUGCUGCGUGAUGCCACCAGAUUUGACUGCAUUUGCUAAAAAAUUUGACAUACAGCUACUGACUCAUAAUGACCCAAAAGAGCUGCUUUCUGAGGCAAGUUUCCAAGAAGCUCUUCAGGAAAGCAUCCCUGACAUUGAAGCCCAGGAGUGGGUGCCGCUGUGGCUGCUGAGAUACUCUGUCAUCGUGAAAAGCAGAGGAAUCAUCAAGUCAAAAGGCUACAUCCUGCAAGCCAAAAGAAGGGGUUCUUAACUACAACUCAAGCUCAUAACUUACUGACCUGUAUUUAUCUCAAACAUAAGAUAAAAAAUUCAUAAGAUAAAAUUGAGAUGUGUAAAAAAUCUAGCUAUUGCCUAUAAGAAGUGUGGUUGAGGCAAUGUGUUGUCAAGUUUUGAAUACUUCUCUUGCCUCUGCAUCAGCACACUCACAGGAACCACUGUAUUGUUCUCAUUAAACUAUUGUUUUCUAACUGAAAUUGUCUAUAAAGAAAAAUACUUGCAAUAUAUUUCCUUUAUUUUUAUGAGUAAUAGAAAUCAAGAAAAUUUGUUUUUAGAUAUAUUUUGGCUUAGGCAUCAGGGUGAUAUAUAUACAUAUUUUUUAUUUCCAAGAUUUAUUAAUUGCUUCUUACUCUAUACUUCUAUAACUAAGCAAUUAAAUUACAGUUGUUAAAAUAGAUACUGGAAGAUAUUUUUUCCUGUCAUUGGCAAAAUAAUCUAUCUCAGAGUAACUACAGCAGCUGGGCUCUACUAGUAAUGUAAAUAAAAUUCAUUCUUUGAUCCACAAA